CUUGACAAUGUGCGCUUAUGAACUGUCUAAGCAACGCCCGUGUCCUAGUGAGAGCCAACAACAGCUUCCAAAUAUGGAAAUGGUGCAUGUCUAUGGCAGAAAAGUGCAACAAUAUGCGUCAACUCAAAGCUAUCCACGCCAUUUACAUUACCCUCGGUCUUCACCGCAACACUUACUCCGUCAGCAAGCUCCUCGAUUUUUGUGCCCUUUCAAAUUCCGGCGACCUUUCCUACGCCUCACGGAUCUUCGACCAGGUUCAAACUCCCAAUACGUUCCUCUACAACGCCCUUAUCCGGGCCUACUCUAGCAGCUCACAACCCCAAUUUUCCCUCAAUUACUUCAAUCUCAUGGUACAAACCAAUAACGCUGCGGCUCCUGAUAACUUCACAUUUCCCUUCCUCCUCAUCGCUUGCGCUAACGGUCCUUUGGAAGUGGAGGGUAAACAAAUACACAGUUGGAUAAUCAAGAAUUCCUUUUCUGCGUCAAAUGCACAUGUACAGACUGCAUUAAUUCGGUUUUACACGAACUGCAAAGCAUUGGAUGAUGCUCGUAAGGUGUUUGAUGAAAUUACUGACAUUGAUGUUAUUCAAUGUAAUGUUCUUAUGAGUGGACACCUUCAAAGCGGACUAGCAAAGGAGGCAUUGAGUAUUUUUCAAGAUAUGUUGGGGCGUGGAGUUGGUCCAGAUGAGUACUGUGUGACCACAGCACUUGCUGCCUGUGCUCAGUUAGGUGCUCUUGAGCAAGGAAAAUGGAUUCAUGAGCAUGCUACAAAGAGUGAGUGGUUGGAAUAUGAUGUUUUUAUCGGCUCUGCUCUUGUUGAUAUGUAUGCUAAGUGUGGGUGUAUUAACAUGGCUUCUGAGGUAUUCGAGAGCAUGCCUACGAGGAAUAAGCAUUCGUGGGCAACAAUGAUUCGAGGGUUCGCUGUCCAUGGUUGUCCUGAGCUAGCAAUAAGCUGUUUGGAGAGGAUGCAGGUGGUUGAUGGGCUUAAGCCUGAUGGUGUUGUCAUUCUGGCAGUUUUAGCAGCAUGUGCACAUUCAGGGCUUCAGAAAGAAGGUCAAGGUUUGUUGGAUGAGAUGGAAUCUUUAUAUGGCGUUACACCGGAACAUGAGCACUUCAGCUGUGUAGUGGACUUGCUAUGCAGAGCUGGCCGAUUGGAUGACGCACUUAAGCUUAUUAGAAGGAUGCCAAUGAAACCGCGGGCCUCUGUUUGGGGGGCAUUGUUAAGUGGUUGCCGAAAUCACAACAACGUGAAUCUUGCAGAACUUGCUGUCAAAGAGAUUUUGUUGGUAGAAGAUAGCAAUGAAGCUGAAGAAGAUUCUGCUUAUGUUCAACUAUCAAAUAUAUAUUUAGCAGCUCGACAAUGUGAUGAUGCACGUCGAAUCAGGAGGAGAAUUGGUGACCGAGGGCUCAGGAAGACACCUGGGUACAGUGCAAUUGAGAUUGAUGGGAUGAUUAAUGAGUUCAUAUCUGGAGAUGUUUCCCAUGCAUGUCUAGCUGACAUUCAUAAGGUGCUUGAUCUAACUUAUCUAGAUCCCGAAAUUGACAACCUAGUAUAG